GCUACUGGAUAACAAUCCCACCGUCCUCUCUCUCUCACACACACAUACACAAAGCUCAAAGCUUUGAAAAAUGGCGACCUCCGCAACACCCCCAUCUCUCUCAUUCUUCUCAUCCUCAGUCUUCCUCACCUCCUCCAACCAAACCCCAAAGCUCUCUUCUUCAAUCUUCAGACCCAAUUCGGUAAAAACCCCAGCGGUGAAACCCCUCUCGCUCACCUCCCAGCUCGCCACCCUCCCAGUGCUCUCAUUCACCGGCGAGAAGAUCAGCGAGACCCAGCUCGAACUCAAGUCCGCCCCACCCGAAACCGCGCGCGCUGUCGUUCACCGAGCCAUCAUCACAGACCUCCAGAACAAGCGACGCGGCACCGCCUCCACGCUCACCCGCGGUGAGGUUAGAGGCGGUGGUAGGAAGCCCUACCCACAGAAGAAGACGGGCCGGGCCAGACAGGGGUCCAUACGGACCCCGCUCCGGCCCGGUGGGGGCGUGGUGUUCGGGCCCAAGCCAAGAGACUGGUCCAUCAAGAUCAAUCGGAAAGAGAAGAGGCUGGCGAUUUCGACGGCGAUAGCAAGCGCCGCAAUUAACACGAUCGUGGUGGAGGAUUUUGGGGAAAGGUUUGAGAAGCCGAGGACGAAGGAGUUUAUUGAGGCGUUGAAGAGGUGGGGGAUCGACCCGAAAGAGAAGUCGAUGUUCUUGAUGACCGAAAUACCGGAUAAUGUGAGGCUUUCUAGCCGGAAUAUCGGGACGCUGAAGAUGCUGACGCCGAGGACGUUGAACUUGUUCGAUAUUUUGAAUGCGGACAAGGUGGUGCUGACUCCGGCUGCGGUGGACUAUUUGAAUGAAAGGUAUGGGGUUGAUGGUUAUGAGGGGGAGACCGAAGAUGAGUAUGAAGAGGAAGAAGGAGAAGAAAUUGAAGGAACUGAGGCAGGAGAGAACUCUGAUGCAAAGGAGUAAUGGUGCCGGGAGUCUUCUGACCACCUUAUUCCUUAUUAAGCGAGGACCGAUCCAAUUCCAAUCCGGCUAAUCCUGAGUGGGGUUCCAGCCUGCCUAAACCAACAAUCGUGUUAUGUUGCUGCUACAAUGUUGUUAUAUUUUAGGCUGGUUUUGUUAAAUUUUCUGUGCAUGAUUUUUGUACUAAUUUGCACAUUAAUCUAAUACAAUUGUAUCUAUUGGAUCUUCUACCUUGUUGUGUAUUCAGAAUGUUGCUUCCUGGUUCAA